GCUCUCCCUAACACACUUCCUUUUUUGUCUCUGUGCUCAAUGGAAAAACUCACAGGUUUACAGGGAUUGUUGGUCAUGCAGGGAAAAUCUGCCUCGGGGAUAGAUUACCCUCCACUGUGAGUCAGAUGCAGUUUGGCUCAUCGCCAGGCGAGACGUGAUGACAUUUGUAGACUGAGCCCGUCGAAUAGAAGCAACUGGUGUUGUUAAAGAGGAGGUGGAAGAGACUCGAACCACACUGAUUCACUUACAGCAAGGUCAGGACGAGACGCCAGUAUGGGGGGAGAAAAGUCAUCGGGAUGUAUUUAGGUGGAACGGGACAAUGACUUUCAAUCUCAACUUCCUGCCAAUUUACAGAACACACCAACUUUCAAAGUCACUCUGGGAAAUCAGCUCCCGGUGCUGGCCGGGGUCGGUGACACAAGGAGGGCCGUCGGCCUCCAGAGGAUGGCUGCGACGGUUCUUGCUGCUGAAGCUGAUGACGGUGCUGCUGUUCCCACAUGGAGUAGGCGUUUAUCUGCUGUUGGGAUGCAUGUUGAGCCUGCGUGCUCUGCUGCUGCUCCGCUCGCCUCACAUCUCCACCAAGCCCUCUAACGUGUUCCUGUGCCAGCUGGCACUCUGCGACGGGCUGGUCCUGCUGCAGUGGGCCCUAUGGCUCGGUGCAACGCUGACCUGUUGGAUUUGGCAGGGUGACAUGGGCCUCAUGAAGACGAAGGAAUCGGUUUGGUGGAGGGAGGCUGUGAGUGUGCUCUGUCAGCAGCUGCUCGAUGCGCAUCACCUGGCCUCUCUGCUCCUGCUGGGCCUGCUGGGGCUGGAGGCCACACUAGUGUCACACUGGCCACAGCAGACUCGGAACCUCAGGACUUCUCACUGGGCUCAGCUCAGCUGCGGCCUGGUCUGGAUACUUGUGCUGCUAGAACUGAUGAUGACACUACCCUGUGAGUUUUUAGAGAUCUUCAACCUUCAAAUCUACUUCUCAACACGACAGGACUCUCAAAAUGCACAUGCGGAUUUCGUGCCUCCGACCUCCCUGCCUGCUUUCUCCCUCAUGCUGAGGAGGACAUUAUGGCUGAUCAAUCUAUGGUUACAUUAUGCGUUCUUCUGUAGUAAACCACAGAGGAGAAAGAGCUCCUUUCAUUAAAACAACACACAACUGUUUGGUAUUUGCUACUUUAAUACAUUUAAUUUAUAAAAAGAAAUGAAUGUUUAGUGGAUAUCAUGGGAAAGAUAUUGAUAUAUGGGCCUUACGCCGGUUUCACACCGGGCGCGGAAGCGACGCGGAAGGGCCGCUGUUAUCAGCCUGCAGUAAAAACAGCUUUUAAUAAUUUUUUUGCUUUUGAACUUGUUGCUCCAAAAUGAACUGCAACAGCGUCCCAACAUUUGUCCUUUUUAGUCUUGUCUUUAUACAAAAUGUUCCGAGGAUCAUACAACUCACUGUACUUCUCCACUUCAAUUAUUAAUUUAAUGUCAUCCAUGUUGACGAACUUCUCCGCUGUUGGCUCCGUUAAAUGUCGGGUUUCGAGGGUAAAUUACGUAUUUUCCACUCAAGCCUAUGUGGAGAAUACGUAGCCCCCCCUUUCUCUUUUUAUCUUUAUGACUGCUUGUGUGGCUGUAGUGGAUGGGCAGAGGGGGACAUUUAAUAAUGUGGUUGGUAAAAGUGGAAAAAUUAAAACUCCUGGACAACAGAAGGUGAAUACAAAGUAUGGGAUGCAUAUUUGAUCAUUUAUAUCAUAUAAAAUAUGUCGUCAAUAUCUUUUAAAAUCAUUUCUCAGUGUGUUUCCUGUUGCGAUACGCUCGCGUCAAGCGGAAAAAAUAGACUCGACGCCGAAACGAUCGCGGCACAACGCUACGCUUCAGCGUCCGGUGUGAACCCGGCGUUAAGGUUUAGGUUUAGGUUAAGUUAGGUAAGGGUUAGGGUUAUGGUUAGGUCAUAUUAAGUUAAAUUGGGUUAGAUUAGGGUAAAUUAGGUUAAAUUAA